GUAUUCAUUCUUCUUCUUCUUCUUCUUCUUCUUCUUCUUGCUCCCCAAGUGAUUCCAGAAAAUUACUUAUACUCCAACUACUCUCUCUCCCUCUAUCAAUACCCAUAUCUAUCAAUUUCUCUAACCAUUGCUAGGUCAUUCACAAGAUGAUGAUCAGAAUUCGAAGCAGAGAUGGGUCAGAGCGAGUCUCAAUCGACAACCCACUCAUCACAAUUGCCCAACUCAAAACCCUAAUCGAAUCCCAACUCAGAGUCCCCACUCUCAAUCAAACCCUAUCCACCAACCAGAACCUCUUGCUCGCCAAAACCCUAGACGAAAUCGCUCGAUUCACCGACAUGUCCAACCCUCAAACCCCAAUCUCCACUCUCGGAAUCACCCACGGCUCCAUGAUCUACCUCGCUUACGAAGGCGAGCGAACCGUUUCCGGUCCCAAUUUCAACCCGGCCGGUUCGUUCGGCCGGAAGAUGACCAUGGAUGACCUGAUCGCCAAGCAAAUGAGGGUGACUCGCCAAGAAAACCCUCAUUGCGAGCUUGUCUCGUUCGAUCGCGACGCUGCGAACGCGUUCCAGAACUACGUCAAUGAAUCGCUCGCUUUUGCAGUCAAGCGCGGCGGAGUUAUGUACGGCACGGUGUCGUCGGAGGGGAAGGUGGAAGUCGAUUUCAUAUACGAGCCGCCGCAGCAGGGCACGGAGGAGAAUUUGAUAAUUUUGAGAGAUCCUGAUGAGGAGAAACUUGUGGAGGCGAUUGCUAUGGGGUUGGGGAUGAGGAAAGUAGGAUUUAUAUUUACUCAGACGAUCAGUCAGAACAAGAAGGAUUAUACCCUGUCGAAUGCGGAGAUUUUGCAGGCGGUGGAGAUGCACGGGGAAGGGGAUUUGAAGGAGUGGGUGACGGCGGUGGUGAAAUUGGAGGUGAAUGAGGAUGGUGGUGCUGAUGUGCAUUUCGAGGCUUUUCAGAUGAGUGAUAUGUGUAUUAGGUUGUUUAAGGAAGGGUGGUUCGAGACGGAGAUUGGGGAAGAUGAUGAUCCAAAGUUGUCGAAGAUGAAGAAAGAAGUGGUUGUUGGAGGGAAGGAUACUAAGGAAGUUGAUAACGACUUUUUCUUGGUGGUAGUUAAGAUUUUCGAUCACCAGGGCCCACUUUCAUCAACAUUUCCCAUUGAGAACAGGAAUACAGCAGUGACAAUGAAAGCCCUGAAGAAUCAUCUGGACCGAACAAGGAGCCUUCCAUUUGUGAAGCGAAUUUCUGAUUUUCAUCUGCUGCUCUUGCUGGCCAGGUUUUUAGAUGUUAGCGCUGAUGUUCCUGCAUUGGCACAGUGUGUACAGACACAGAUUGCUGUGCCAGAAGGUUACCAACUCCUAAUUGAGUCCAUGGCCAGUGCUUCUUGAUGCUGUUUGUAAUUCCUUUAGGCAAACUGAUACACCUCAUCAAGCCUUUUGGAUGGUUUCAACCAUGUGUUAAUGCUUGAGCUCAAGAUGUCCGGUGGAGCAUUCUCAAUCACAUUUGGACAAUCUGCAUGGCCCUCCAAAUUUGGCUCUUUGUUUUGGCUGUAACUUAAAUCUAAGCAUUAUAUUGCUUCAAUUUGUCUGGAUAUUUUGUGUUUUCAAAGACACGGCCUGUGUAUUUAUUAGUACAGGACAUGGGUUAGUCGUUGAUCAAGCUGGAGUCAGAAUUUAGGACCAUGGUUAUAUAAUCUUCUUAUAAACAUUUUCUGUUAUGAAUGAAAGUCGUUUUAUGUUGGAAGCAU